AAAGCAUAAGCAUUAACCCGAAGCGGAAACAUUUUUCUGCUCUGUGCUUGCGUCUUCUUCAAACACCGCCGUCACUCGCGACGGCUCUGUCGCCGCCGGAGCCACCGCAUUCCGGUUCUCGACCUCGCUCCGUCAUUCCUCGCUUUCGUUCAAAUUUCGUGAACUCACCUUUCGCUUCUGCUUACUACCCAUUGCACGUGAACUCGCGGCAUAUUGGUAUAGCUUCUGUGCUGUCACCACCCUUUUUUGUUAAGUUCUGUAAACGAAAGGUUGAGAGUUUCGGAAUUGUAAACGUUUUGUGGCUGAAUUCCUUUUCUGGGUGUCGCGUUGAAGUUACGUUUGUUCGGGGAUUUUGGUGACUUCUUUGAAGUCAUGGCGGCAUGGUCUUCUAGAAAGUUACUGAGAGAUAUUCUUCUCAAAAGGGUAGUCUCCAAUCAGUUUCCUGGUGUCAGAUGUUUUUCUUCUGCACCAGAAAGUGCUCCUAAGAUUGGUCACUAUUCCAAGAAAGGAAGGUUGUUGACUGGAGCCACCAUAGGCCUACUUAUAACUGGUGGAGCUUAUGUGAGUACUGUCGAUGAAGCCACUUUCUGUGGAUGGUUAUUCUCGGCAACAAAACUUGUGAACCCCUUCUUCGCUUUGCUGGAUCCUGAGUUUGCACACAAACUGGGUGUCUCAGCUGCAGCACGUGGUUGGGUUCCAAGGGAGAAGAGGCCUGACCCAUCAAGCUUAGGGCUAGAAGUCUGGGGAAGAAAGUUUUCUAACCCAGUAGGUCUUGCUGCAGGCUUUGAUAAAAAUGCUGAGGCUGUAGAUGGUUUACUUGGUUUGGGCUUUGGCUUUGUGGAGGUUGGCUCUGUUACUCCUGUUCCCCAGGAUGGCAAUCCAAAGCCUCGAAUAUUCCGGUUGCGAAAGGAAGGGGCUAUUAUAAAUAGAUGUGGCUUUAAUAGUGAGGGAAUUGUUGCUGUUGCAAAGCGGCUGGGUGCUCAGCAUGGUAAGAGGAAACUAGAUGAAACUUCAAGCACUUCUACUUCUUCUAAUAAUGAGGUCAAACAAGGUGGAAAAGCUGGCCCUGGCAUCCUUGGUGUCAAUCUUGGAAAGAACAAGACAAGUGAAGAUGCUGCAGCAGAAUAUGUACAAGGAGUUCAUACAUUGUCCCAAUAUGCUGAUUACUUGGUGAUUAAUGUUUCAUCACCCAAUACCCCUGGUUUGCGCAUGCUUCAAGGAAGAAAGCAAUUGAAGGAUCUUGUGAAGAAGGUUCAGGCUGCUCGCGAUGAAAUGCAAUGGGGUGAGGAGGGCUCACCUCCAUUGCUGGUAAAAAUUGCUCCAGAUUUGUCAAAAGAAGACCUUGAAGAUAUUGCUGCAGUUGCCUUGGCUCUUCACCUGGAUGGACUGAUUAUAUCAAAUACAACCAUUUCAAGGCCAGAUCCUGUCAGUGAAAAUCCAUUGGCUUCAGAAACUGGUGGCUUGAGUGGGAAGCCUCUCUUUGAUCUGUCUACCAAUAUCUUGAAGGAGAUGUAUAUCUUGACGAGGGGCAGGAUUCCUUUGAUUGGCUGUGGGGGCAUUAGCAGUGGCGAGGAUGCAUACAAGAAAAUACGAGCUGGAGCAUCUCUUGUUCAGCUCUAUACAGCAUUUGCUUAUGGGGGACCUGCACUUAUUCCUCAGAUAAAGGCUGAAUUAGCUGCAUGCCUGGAAAGAGAUGGUUUCAAAUCCGUUCUUGAUGCAGUUGGUGCAGAUUACAGAUGACUUUUAUCCACAUCAGAAAGCCGUGCUGUAAGAAGCAUAUUAUUAUUAUUUUAGGUGUAGCAAUGUUCAGUUUUUGGCAAUACUGAAAUUGCAAAUUCAUUUUUUUUAGCCUGCUUUAAUUUUUACCACAUUUUAUCUUACAUAUUAGUAUUUUAUUUGGGUUUAGUCACGUGUUCUGAAUUGUAAAAGCGAGGAUAAUUGAGGCAACUCAAGCAAAGAAUUUAUCUUGAGCAAUUGUUUGGCAAUAAGCCGCCAUAUUACAGAUACAUAUUUUGUAGAUUAAACCCAUCAAUAAUCAACCAGCGAUUUUUUCGCGU